GGUACAGAGUCAAAAUCUAUUCUUUGUUACUACUUGGUUACUGUUACGAGCGAAUUGUAGUGUUUGUCGACUGUCGUGUAUUUGUCGCGCAAUUUCUCUUACAUCAACAUUGUCAACUUUAUGUCAAAAGGAAUGUGUGCAUUUUCUAGUAAAACUGAAUAUCUAACGUUUUGCUAACUAGGAAUCAUCACAACCGUCAGGUGAUUUGAGCCAUUAGACACGAUGUCUGAUGGGAGCGCUGCCGCCGCCGCCGCGGACCAUCCGUCAGCUGCAGUGACGGAUACGUCGUCCGCCGCCUCUGCCGCCGUCAAAACCGAUGACGAGUCCGCCGCGCCGACGGAUGACGUCAUCGUGGAGGAGGAGGCCACGCUGGAGGCGGGCCGCGCCAAGGGCCUGCUGAACUGCGCGCGCUGCGCCGUACGGCUGCAGCACGGCGUGCACGAGCCGCGCCUGCUGCCCGCCUGUCUGCACACACUCUGCCAGCAGUGCGCCUCGGGCGAGAACGAGGGCGCCGAGGUGUGCUGUCCGCUGUGCCGAUGCGUCUCGCCGGGUGUGGUCGCUCACCCGUUACUGGAGACGAUGUUACUGCAGUCGCACGAGCACCGUGCCAGCACCGAGUGUGGCCAGUGCGCCGAGCGGGGCGGCCGCUCCAGCCGCGCCGCCGGCACCUGCCGCGACUGUCAGAUCGACCUCUGCCACGACUGCAUUCAGGCUCACAAGAUUACGCGGGCGACGUGGGGCCAUAAGUUGGAGCUGACGCCCGAAGCAGAGAAGGAGGACCUGUGCCCCACUCACGGCCUGGUGUUUGACAACUACUGCGACUCGUGCAGCGUGUUGUGCUGCCGCGACUGCAUCCUCUCCGCCCACCGCUCCCACCAGUCCUGCACGCUGCAGGAGAAGCUGGAGGGAGUCCGCGGCGCCAUCCACACCGGCCUCGAGGGCGUCCGAGAUAUAAAGACAAAAAUAGAGGAAGAUAUACACAAUUUGAAAGUGAAACUAAAAGAAUUUGACGAGGGGAAAACCAAAGGGCUCCAAGGAAUCCAUGCCUGUUAUGACGAAUACCAGGACCAGAAGCGCAGCUUCUUCCUGAGGCAGAUGGAGGCGUGUCGCCGGCGGCACGACGCGCACAGCAGUCAGCUGAUGGAGCGCCUUCAGGCGGCCUCUCUGGUCGACGCGCGCGCCGCCCACCUGGAAAAGCUGAUCGGCCGACUGCUCGAGUGCCGCCGGCCCACCACCUCACUGCACUACUUCAGGCACAUCUCCAACCUGUCGCAGCGUCUUUUGAACGUGGAUAUACCGGAGGGGGAGACGGAGAUACCGGUGCUGAGCUUGCGGCGCGUGCUGGGCGUGGACCGAAUACACCCCAUGAUUGCACUGCUGCUGUACGAGGAUAGCACCUGCCUGCAGCCGGGCACCAAGGCGAAAAUUUGCCACCAUUUUAUGACGUCCAUCCAGUCGCUGGUCAGCUCGGAGCUCAAGGCCGACUCAGACCUCGGACUGCGCUACGUGCGCAUGAUGUUCCGGCUGAUAGUCAACUGCGCGCGGAACAUGUCGCCAGCGAUGCGGGAGCUGGUCUCCGAACUGCACAGCGCCGUGACAGCGCUGUUCCAGGAGCAGCCGUCCAUGCACCCGCCGAGCGGGACAGUGCCGCCGCCGCCGCCCGUGCCGCUGCAGAGACUGGCCGACCCUCCGGCCAGGAGCUGGCUGAUGCAGCAGCAGCAGGAGGAGGAGAGUCACUCCGAGGACGGACAGAGUAGGCGAGAGGGAGAGGUGGACCUGGACGAGCCGCUGGUGGUGUGGAGCGGCAGGUCAGACGGCUCGCGGACGGCACAGUCGCGCAGUGGGCAGGGGGCGGCGACAUCCUCCAGUGCGCCGCCGACACUCAGCACGUGGAGCUCGCUCGGCCAGUCGACCUCGGCACCGGCGUCUGCGGCUGUAGCGCAGGUUACCACAGCACGACCCACCGUUUCGGCGGCCUCCGCAGCACCAUCACAGAUGCCUGUGUUGUCUGCACGACUGCGGGAACAAUCCAAGGCGUCUGACCCGACAGCGGCGCCGGCCCCCGUCUCUGCGACGGCAACGGCGUCCGCCGUCCGCCACCCGGCGCCCGGACCGGCGGUCAGCCCACGCGGUGUGGCGGACGCUAGACCGACGCGGCCGGCCGCCAACGUCGCGACUCCCAGUCCUUCUGCCAUCGCCGCCGCCGCCGCUAUUUACAAUGCCGCCGCCGCCGCCGCCGCCGUCGCGUCCGAUGAGGCGGCCACGAUGGCGGCGUGGGCGCCGGCCACUGUCACUGUGCCUCGAACCGUCGUCCGGGAGUCUACCAGCGCUCGGGUGACCGUGCCCGCCGCCGCGACAGGGGUGCCCAUGGCGCCGCAUACUGUGAGGUUAGCGGCCACGACGUCCAGCUUCUUCAGAGCAGCGGCGGCGGCAGAUAAGACACCGACUCAGAAUCCAGCUCAGGCGUCAGCUCAACAAUCGCCUAAAGCACCAGCUCAGACUCAAUCUAAGAAAUUAUCUCAAGGAGCUGAAAAAGCAGCGACGAUGGCGGCGGGGGCACCCGCGCCAGCUCAGAAGCCAGAGCAGGUGCCAGCUCACACACAAGCUCAGGAAAUAGGUCAGGCCACAACUCAGAAAUCAGCUCAGGUACCAGCCUCAGCCGCCGCACCAGCCUCAGCGACAUCAUCUCAGGCACCAGUUGCCCCCGCAGCGACUCAGGGUGCAGCUGCUACGGUCUCCGCUGCACCCAGAACCGCAGCUCCAACACCGACCGGUGCACACCGAACUCCGCCUGUCGUCGCGUCGUCAGCAGCUGCGCCGAUGGCGGCAGAUGCACCUGCGGCUGCCCCUAGAGUUCAGCACGUGGCCACCACCCCGCCACGCACCGUCGCCCAAGCAGCUACCAGCGCUCGGCUAACCACGUCUACAGCGUCCGCUACGGCAACGGCGGCAGCAGCUCAGGCACCAGCUCCGGCGGUAGCUACCGCGGCCUCUUCGCCGAGUCUCGCAUCUCCAAAAACGAUCAGGACUCCUAGUCCUCGAGCUGCGUCAGCCACCACCAGGGCUCCUGGAGCUUUGUUCGCCACCACCAGGGUUCCUGGAACUGCGUCAGUCACCCUCUGGUCUCCUGAAGUUUCGUCAGUCUUCACAGGAAAGUUCCGACUUGCGUCGGCUUCCGUGGGACGCCCGGCUAGGCCUCCUGUCACACCUCCUCGGAGACCGGUCCCGAUGCUUCAGCCGAUUAUCAUACACAUGCCGAACAUCGAAUCAAUCUCACCAGAACGACCGAUCGCUCGAAGCCGGCGACCGCCACAGCGGCCGGCAACGCCACCAGCACCGCCACCACCGCCUCCACCGCCCCCAGCGCCGCCGGCGAAUGCCAGUGUUUCGGAUGACGACGACGACAACUCCCUGUUUGUUGACACCAAAGUGGAUGUGAUGGAUACGGCUUUGGCCAUGAUGGGUAUGUUACCCCCGGAGCCGGAGCCAGCGUCUGCCCCGAAGCCAGCGUCUGCGCCGGAGUCAGCGUCUGCCCCGGCGCAGGUGCCAACGUCUGCCCCGAAGCCUGCGUCUGCCCCGAAGCCAGCGUCUGCGCAGGUGCUGACGUCUGCCCCGGAGGUGAAGACGGCGUCCGCUCAGGAGCCGGAGACAGCGUCUGCCCCGGAAGCGGAGCCAGCGCCCGCCCCGGAGCCGGAGCCGUCAUCUAUCCUGGAGCCGGAGCCAGCAUCCGCCCCGGAGCCGGAAUCAGCGUCUGCCUCGGAGCCAGCGCCCGCCCUAGAGCCGGAGGCGGCGUCUGCCCCGGAACCGGAGCCGCCGUCCGCUCAGGAGCCGGAGCCGGAGCCAUCUGCUCCAGAGCCGGAGCUAGCGUCUGCCUCGGAGCCGGAGCCGGAACGGUCGUCCGCUCCAGAGCCGGAGCCUGCGUCCGCCCCGGUGCCGGAGCCUUCAUCUGUUCUUGAGCCGAAGCUGGCAUCCGCUCCGGAGCCAGCGUCUGCCCCCGAGCCUGAGACGGAACAGUCGUCUGCCCCGGAGUCGGGGUCAGAUAUGGAGAUUUCGUCCGACCCGGAGCCAGAGUCUGCCCCGGAGCCGGAGCCGAAGCCAGCGUCUGCCCCUGAGCUGUCGUCUACCACGGUACCGGAGCCUCCGCCCACCCUGGCCUCGGUGCGGGAGCCUGCACCCGCCCCGGGGCCGUCGUCUGCCCCGCCAGCCGGCCUGGCCUCGGUGCGGACGAAGCCGGCACCGGUGCGGACUGGCCACGGCCACUCUGGUGCCAAGGCGGCAUCCAAGACCGCCGGAACAGAGACGGUGUCACAGCCGGCCACCGUGCCAGUGGGAGACCCCGACUGGAAGAAACACCUGCGCGAGAAGCUGCACCGCUCCAUGGAGAAACUCCGAGCGAAGCGCGCCGGGUCGACCGCCCAUCUCACAAAGACGCUAAAACGGGGCGAGAAAGUGGCUCGCGGCUCGCCAGGAGGUAAAAAGCGGCGGCACAUGGUGGGAGAGCGAGCGGACGGCGAGCCACCAGUUAAGAGUCGUCCCUCCUCGGCGACCGGGAGGCUGGACCGUUCCCUUCCAAGCACGCCAGACAGGGACGGCGGCGGGGGCAGCCGCGGCGGCUCGAGGACGUCGUCACCGGGGUCGUCCGGCCGCCAGGCGGAGAAGGGCUCGCGGCGCGGCCGAGGCCGGCUCUCGAGCCCCACGCCGCAGCCGCAGUCGGCACAGGACCGCGCGCCGCCGGUGGCCCGGCAGCCCUCGCUGCUGGUGGAUGAUCACGGGCGGAAGGUGAGCCGCGCCGGCGUCAGCGUGGAGACCCCGCUCACCGACCUGCUGGACAGCAUGCUACUGGCCGGCACCGCGGCGCCGCAGGCCAACAAAGCGGGAGGCAUUAAAAGACUGGCGCCGCACGGACCAAACAAGGCUAUCCCCGCUUUCUGCUCUCCAAGAGGUCAGGGUAAGCCACUACCGAAGAAGCCCCGGAAUCCGGAGACGGAGGCCACGGCUGACAAACCUGCUGAAUCAGCGGCCACAGCGGCGGCGGCGGCGGCAACGGCGGAGUCAUCGGGACGACCUUCCGCGGCGGCGUCCACCAGCGGCCGGCGUCGGCGGCGGCGGCGCGCGGGGCUGGACCGGCAGGUGUCGCGACAGCUGAUGGACGAUCUCCAACUGUCGGAGGAUUCGCGCGACUCCUCAGCGCCGGGCACUUCCGCUGGGCCCGGCGGUUCGGCUGGGCCCGGCAGUCCGGCUCGGUCCGGCAGCAGUCAGUCACAGUCUGGAGACAGUCAGUCGCGGUCCAGCAGCAGUCAGUCGCAGUCCGGCGGCACUCAGUCGCAGUCCGCCAGUCCGGCUCGGCCCGGCUCUUCCUCCGCCACCUCCUCCUCCUCCGGCAGCGGCGGCUCCUCCUCUCCCUCUUCCUCCUCCUCUGGGUCCCGCUCGGCGUCCGCCACCUCGUGCAGCUCGGCCGUUCCCACCCCAGCGCCGCCUGAAGACUCUAAGGAACCGCCGCACCGGCCCCGUCCUUCCACGUCCACUCUGGUACGGACGCUGCCCGUGUUCGCCGCCACGCCGCCGCCGACGGCCGUGCGGCCAAAGUUCACCCCGCCGCACCCUGCCGUCGGUGAGGAGGACGGCGGGGGCGGUGAUACCGGCUCCUCCGCGCCGUCUGCUCCUACUGCGACCGAGGGACCGUCCAAGACACCGCCAAAGCCGAAGGCAGACCGCGCGGCGACAACGCCGCCGCCACGACGUCUGUCGCCAAGUCCGCCACCACCGUCACCACCGCCUAAGGCAGGCCGUUCUUCAACAUCGCUGCCCACCCACCUGGUCCGUCCUGCGGACCUGGUGCUGUGGGAUCGAAAACGCGACCCGCUGGGCAUCGGGUUCGCCAAUGACGCGCUCUACAAGCCGCCCGAGCGCGGCCCGCAGUCUCCGAACGUCAGCUACUGCGUGCUGUGCUGGGACGGCGGCGACCUGGUGCUCUGCGACCGCUGCGAGCGCUCCUUCCACGCCGAGUGCUACGUCGGUGACGUCGAUGACGAGGAAGACAAAGAGUGGCAGUGCCUGAUGUGCCGGCCCAUACCACGCGUCCCGGCGCCAACGGACCGCCGUCGGGGCAAGACCCUCACCCGUGCCGAGAAACUCGUCGCUCGCCGGCUGCUCCUGGAACUCUACGCAGCCUACUACCCCUGUCUCUAUUUCAAGAACGCUGAGAACAUGGCCAUGCUGCCGGAGUACCGGCGUAUCGCCAACCCCGUCUCCCUGGACGACAUACGGGACUGCCUGCUCAAUGACGGCUUCCCCACGCUGAUGGAGCUGCUGGCUGCGCUGCGCGGCAUCAUGGGACUGGUCAGCGUGCUGAAGCGGGGCAGCGCAGCUAAGAAGUACCUGAAGGAGUUGGAGGAGGUCUUUGACAUGUUCGUGCGGGACCAUCUGAACGAGCACUGGCUCAUGCUGGACGACGAGCCAGACCGGAAGAAACGCGCCAAGUAGCCGGGGUCGGCGCAGUCCCGCAGCUGAGCCGUCUGGUCGGCCUUCUCGGGAAUAACGGAGCUGGUAGAACGGGUGAGGCUCGAACGUUCGAUAGGUAUUAGUGGUUUUCUCAGUGGACUUUUGGCUAUCGUUUUAUAUGCAUGCUUACCAACGAGUGAUGUGGAAUGUGUAUGUUUAUAAUGGUGUAUUUUGGUGUUUGUGAGACGUCUGCUAUACAGUUAUUGAAGAGCAGCAAGAUGUGAGGUCACCGAGUAUCUGACGAAAGAUCGACCUUGUUUGCUGAAUGUGUAUUUUGAAACGUUUUAAAAGCACUGAAAGGUGUCAAGCUUUUGCGCGGCACUACGGUGUGCGGCAGUCAUCGUAGCUCCCGUUGUUGCACUUCAUGAGUCGCUUAGUACAUUGCUGGCAAUUUAAGUUUAGCUAGCUAUGUCUUUCAACUGGUGAGCUGAUGUCUGUAUUCGGAAGUGUACUUUGAGAUCUGUAGCGAGUCUUCAUGGCGGUCUACACAAAGUGUAUAACAUCUCUUUCUUGUCGCGAUUAAUGUCGAUCGUCGGCUGUGCGGAUGCAUUUAGUCUUGUUGACAUAGGUCGGUGUGUAUGGAUCUGUCACAACGAAAACGUGGAAACGCUACGAUAACUCUGAACGGUAAUGUGUAUCGCGGCGAACUGAGUGCCGUACAUGCAGGCUUCAUGUAAGCUGUGAUAUAUCGUCACCGUAGUGUACA